GCGUCCUCGAGCGGGUGGUUGCCAGCGCCGUGGUCCGGAAACCCGGCGCAUGGAGAGGCGCCGGCGGCCAGGCCGACGACCCCGGGGGCGCCCCCGACGGGGUUGGCGGGCAUUGCGCCAGCCGGGCCGCGGAGCUUGGCGACCGGGCAGCCCUUGACGAGCACAGCGACAUGGAUUUCGACCAGGGCCCCGAGGUUGGGGCCGCGUGCGCGCGGGCCCGCGCGGCCUCCGCGGCCUCGGGCGCGCCCUCGGCGGGCCUGGCAGCCAGCCCUGGCUUGCGCCUUUGCGGAGCGCCGCGCCGCGGCAGGGGAGUCGAUGAUUUUUCCAUGAAUUUUCUGAUUUGCCUGCCGGCGUGGGCUGAGGGGGCGCCAUGCGAGGGCGCGCAGUUCGACCUGGUUGGCCCCGUCGCUCCCGGCGGGGGCAAUGCCGCGGGCGAGCGCGCCGACCCUGGCGGCGACGGGGCACUUGCGGCUAGCCCAGCGAGGCCGGGGCCCUCGGCGAGCGCGGAGGAGACGGCGGCGAGGCCAGCGGGCAGCCACCGCCAGCCGGCGCAGCAGGGCGAGGCCGCCAUCGAGGGCGCGCGGCCAGCCCUGGCGGCAGUAGCACGGGCGAGCCGCCCGCCGCGCGACAGCGCGCCCUUGCGCCGGCGCGCGCGGCGACCGGGGUGCGCGCUCGGAGCCCGGCGGCGCAGGCGGAGGAGCCCGCCGCGGUCCGGCGGUGCGGCCGCAGGCCGAGGCGCCGCGAGGGGCCCCGGAGUGGCCCUCAGCGCCGCGGGCGUUGCGCCGCCGCCGCAGCCGCGGGGGGGGCCCCGCUUGGCCGAGGACCUGCACGGCUACGCGGCGCGCAACGUGCGCGGCGCCAACGCGGCCAAGCGGGCGGCGCCGCUGGGGCAGCCGCGCCAAGGCAACGGAGCGGGAGCGGCGGCGGAGCGGGAGCGGCGGCGAAGAAGCAACCGCAUCCGCGACGGCCUGCGCCCGACGACGGGCGGGCCCCUGCUUCAGCGGCCGCGGCCGUGA